AACAGACAGAUUCAAAAUAAAAUAAGAGAAAGCUGAUUUCAUGUACUUGAAAAUCGUCAGCAAAAAGUUGUUUUGAGUUUGACACAAACGGGCAUCUGUGAAGCAGAGCAAAAUAGGCGGAGAUUCAUACCUACAAAAAUCAAUGGAUUUCUCCAAAUUAGGCAGAUCACUGCGCUGGCAAUGUGCACAUUCUUAUCAUCUUAAAAGGAAUCAAAAUUAAUCAUGAUCGAUCAAAUUUUAAGAAAAUGUACAGGUGGCAACAUAAGAUAGCCUGAGCACGGAGCUGACGUGCCUGAAGCAGUUGUACGAUAUGCUUCGAGUCGGAUUUGCUGGUUUCACUUACUCCAGCUGUUUCACAAUCAGAUCUUUCUGUUGUUAUUCUCUUAUAAAACCCCAAGAUUGAAGCCCUCAUUUCAGGUCACCGAAUAAACUUUCAUGAGGGUGUGUCACAGGGAUUUCGUUUUGACUGGAAGGGCCUGAUUAGAGGUGUAGAGAUUUCCAGAUUCAAUUUGCAGUAACUACAUCAUGACGAUUACUGUUUCAGAGCCCCUUCUGGAAGAUGCGCAAUUCCGCUCUAAAGGGAAGGGUGAUGAGAGAACUCCAAAUGAGCUGGUCUUGGAUGGCGGCUUUGACGCUCCAGACAGCAAUGCAUUUGGCCAUGCUUUCAGAGACUAUGAAAAGGAAAGCGAAAGGCAAGCUAGUGUAGAAGAGUUUUACAGAACUCAACACAUUAACCAGACUUAUGACUUCGUUUUAAGGAAGCGUGAGGAAUAUGGUAAGCUUGACAGAGCUGUGAUGAGCAUCUGGGAAUGCUGUGAACUCUUGAAUGAGUUUGUAGAUGAGUCUGAUCCUGACCUUGAUGAGCCCCAAAUUGAACAUCUUCUCCAAACAGCUGAAGCUAUCCGUAGAGACUAUCCCAAUGAGGAUUGGCUUCAUUUGACUGGAUUAAUCCAUGAUCUGGGCAAAGUACUACUUCAUCCUAGUUUUGGAGCUGAGCCUCAAUGGGCUGUUGUAGGUGACACUUAUCCCCUUGGGUGUGCAUUUGAUAAAUCCAUUGUUCACUAUGAGCAUUUUAAGAGCAACCCUGAUUAUUACAACCCUGACUACAACACAAAGUAUGGAGUGUAUUCUGAAAAUUGUGGACUUGAAAAUGUGAUUAUUUCAUGGGGCCACGAUGAAUAUAUGCACAUGGUUGCAAAAAUGAACAAUACCACAUUGCCUCCUGCUGCACUCUUUAUAAUCAGAUUUCACUCUUUCUAUGCUCUGCACCGAGCCGGUGCAUACAAACACUUGAUGAAGGAUGAGGAUUACGAAAUGUUGGAAUGGCUUAAAACAUUCAACAAAUAUGAUUUAUACAGCAAGAGCAAAGUGAGGGUUGAUGUGGAAGCUGUGAAACCAUACUAUCAAUCACUCAUUGACAAGUACUUUCCUACCAAACUGAGAUGGUGAUUAACUAGAUGGAUAUAUUUCCUAAGUAGUAUCAACAGCAGAAGAUCGCAAAGGGUAGCACUACAGUAGUGUUUAUGUUUUAUGCUUAGUAAUUGGUGUGAACUAUAUAGGGAGCUUUCUCAUUUUUCUGGUUCAUUGGACAUUGCAUGUCCAUUUUGAAGGAUGACUGUUGAGGAACAAUGUCUUAUUACGUUGCUAGCAUCUGCCAUAUGUGACACCUCACAUCAACAAUCAACAACCAGAGUUAUUUUGUAUGCAUUUUCUGUCCUGAUUUUUCUUAGAAUCGGACCAUGAAAAAGGCUACUUGUCCUAAUUACUAUUUUACCGUUUAUAAAAGUUAUUGGUAAUUUCUAAUUUUC